AUGAACGAUCAACUACCAUCCAAACCAUUCACUUCCUCCACGACAACUACCACGAGUGCUCUCUCCAUUACUUCAUCAUCAUCGGCGGCUACGACCACCACCACCUCUGGAUCAUCUUCUUCGAAUAGCUAUAGCAAUCAGUCAAUGAUGUUCACACCAUCGGGUCCAACAAGGACACAAUCAGCAGGCAAUUUUCAAGAAGGUUUUCAUGUUGGUGGUGAUUAUGGUAGUGGUAACAACAAUGGAGUCACAAGGGCCACUUUUACAUCAUCCACUAGUGCUAAUAAUAUGAAAGCACCCUCUCGUUUACCAACAGGAAAUAUCAAUCAUCAAAAUAUACCAACACCAAAUUUCUUCUCGUCAACCAUUCCGACUGGCAGCCAGUUUGUUCCUCACACUCAACAAAUGUUUAUGACAAAUAAUGAAAAGAUUGAAAGGUUAAUCAAGACUACUUUCCAAACACAACAAUUGGGACUUACAAAGACAAUAUCUUUCCUUCAUAAUAUUUGUGGUAUUGAAGAAUCAUAUCAACAGAAAAUUGCCACUGAAUGUGCAAGUAGUAAUUUUGAAGUGCAUUUUCCUGGUGAAAUAGGACAAGUACUUGCUUCUUGUCGUUCCUUCUUUUAUAAGAAUGCAAAGAGCUCUGAAAGAUUUGCUCAAGAUGUGAAAACUUGUCUCUGUGACCCUCUAUCACAAAUUAACAAGGAUAUUUCGAAAAAGAAAAAGAUGAUUACCCAAACACACGAAGCCAUUUGUAAAUCCCAUCAAAAUUCACUCAGUCAGCUUCAAAGUAAGAAGAAAACAAAUGAAUCAAAGAGACAAAAUUUGGAAAAUGCAGAAAAGAAAUGGAAAAUGUCUCUUGCUCAAUCCCAAUCCGAAAAAACAUCAGCAAAGGAAUCAUUUUUCAGUUCUUUAAUCGAUCGUCAACUCAAUCCUGAACAGACCAAAGCCAAAUACGAACAAAGCUUGGAAGAAUAUUCCGAGAGUGAAAUCGAACUUCAACAAACUAAACAAAAAUACGAGACACUGGUAAAGACAACACUUCAUCCACAAUGUAAAACAAUUGCUGAAAAGACAGCUGAACAAUAUGUUGAAACUGGAACAAUUCUUCAUCUCUAUAUUCAACAUUUAACUAAAUUAUUAGAAGCAAGAGUUACAGAAGCUCAAAAUAAUUUGGCAGCUUUUAGAGAAAUUGUUGACGGUAUGAAUGUCGAGGAUAUUGAACAAACAUUGGUACAAUUAGAUGCCACACUCGAUGAAGAACCAAAAAAGAAACGAGAAACACCUUCCCCUAACACUACCUCCCCACAUUCAGAGAGACCAAGACCAAGUAAUGCGACUCCAAUUUUUUCUGUAUAUAGCCAAGAACGAGAUGAAAAUACUGUCUUUUUUGAUGAAAUGCUUAGUGAAAUUAUUACAAUGGAUGAGAGUGAUGAACCAAGUUUCCACAAAUCACCAACCACUUCACCUAUCUCACCAUCCAAUGAUGCAAGAACUUCACUUCCUAUUGAUGAAGAUCAAUCAUUACCGAAUCAAGAAAACCCAUCAUCUGAAGAUCAAGAGCAACCUUCAUCUCCAAGUCAAGAACAAGGUACUCUUGGCUCUCCAAUAGAAGAACCAAGCGAGCCAAUUAUUCCUAAAAAACGACCAACCAUACACAAAGAAUCAAAUGUAGAUAACAGCCCACAAUUUGUAAAAUAUAUGAACAGACUUACACAAGCUAAGGAAAAAAUCAACACAUCAGAAGAGUGCAGAAUUGCAUUUUGUAAAGUACUCAACCAAAAACGAUCCAAAGCAUGCUUUAAGAAAUUCUUCUACUUCCAAGAUUUGGCAGAGCUCAUUGGAGAUUGUUUGAGUUUGGCCCACACACAAAAUGAUAGAAAUGUUGGAAGAUUAUUGCUUAACAUGACACAAACAUUCUACUAUUAUGGAAUAGACUAUCCUCCACUUGAAGAAGAAAAGGACAAACCAAAAGAAAAGAAGAAAAUAUUUGUCUACUCUAUUUUGGAUGAUAUGCCAUGCUGGCAAGAUUUGAGAUUUUGGGAAUUUUGUUUAUAUGACGGUCUCAACACUGAGAAACUUAGUAGAGUUUCAAAUAAUAAUACCGCUCUGACAGAGGAACAAAUGCAAGCAGAGCAUGAAAAUAUAGUCUUUGGAUUAUUGAGCAGUUUUUGCUUUACAAUGAAUGAAAUGCACAUUCCACAGGACAUUAUCAGAAAGUUUGCAGAAAAGAUGUGUGAUAUUAACUCUCUAAAUGAAGAUUACAGAACCAUGAUCAUGUCUGUUGUUGCCCCUGAAAACAAUGAAUCUUCUGAACCAGAACACCAUGUGAAAAUGUCUCGAUACAGAUCCAAACGUCAGGGUGUUCUCAUGACUGACGAACAAUUAUCUCAACUUCGAAAUGAUAUCCGAAGGGAAAGUAUUGUUGACAUUAAUGAUGAAUAAUUUUCCACUACUCCAAUUUUUCACACAAUAAAUUCGAACAUGAAAUAGCA